AUGACCAAGGUUAGUAGAAGGAAGGAUGAGGGUGGCAGGAAGAAGGGCAAAUCUAAAAAAUAUCAGAAGGCAAUGGAUCAUCUCAUGGGGCAGUGCCAUGAUAUUGAGGUGAACAUCACGAACCCCAAUCAGCAGUUCCAUGCUGUCCGUGGCAAUAGCUCCAAAAUCAACCACCUUCAGAAAAGUUACUAUCGCUGUUGGUGGCACUGGCGCUGGCAGUGGCAGUGGAGGUGGCGCUGGCCGUUUGGGCUAACUGUCAGAAGAUGCCGUUAUCUGAGGUUAAGGAGGAAGAAAGCCCCAAGAAAGAGGAAGGCGGCAGCAGCCCAAAUCUCCAGCCAUCACAGACACGGGGGCUCGGCUGAGUCUCCCAGUCAAGAAAAGGUAGAGGCUGAGGGCUCCCUUGUUUUGCAAAUGUCUCCUCAGCAAAAAAUGUGCAGACUUGAGUCGGCUAUCCACCUUCACAACGCCAGUGCCAAUGACUUUUCCGGGUCACCAGAAUACCAGGGCAAGGAACCCAUGGAAGGGACUUCAGCAGCAGGAGCCUCUGUGGAUGCCCAGAAGUGCUCCCUGAGCCUGCUGCCCAAAGGCGACCUUGUCCUGGAAGAUGAGCCAACUAAAGAUGCCAAUGAGAUCUCAUGCAUUUCUCCAGAGGAAUCCCACGAAGGUCCCAGAUGCAGACAAUGCAUCAUUACCACGGAAGAAGGCGACUUUGUCAUCCAGUUUGGAGACUCUGACCCGGCGGACACUGUGCAAAGCCAGGCUGAGGCCUCUGAUGUGCUCCUGGGUUCCUAUGCUGCAAGGAUCGACAGCUACAGUGCUGCUGAAGGCUCCAUUAUCACUAUAGAUUCUGACACAACCGAUGACUCUGCAAACAGGCAUCGUGGCUCCACCCCCAGCUUUGCAGGUUCAAGUGCAGCCACAGAUUCUGAUCCCACGGAUGACUCUGCAAACUGGCAUCGUGGCUCUGAUGCCAAUGAGAUCCUGGGCUCUGCUCAGGAGGAAUCCCAGGAAGGUUCCAGAUGCAGACAAUGCAUCGUUACCACGGAAGAAGGUGACUUUGUCAUCCAGUUUGGAGACUCUGACCCGGUGGACACUGUGCAAAGCCAGGCUGAGGCCUCUGAUGCGCUCCUGGGUUCCUAUGCUGCAAGGAUCGACAGCUACAGUGCUGCUGAAGGCUCCAUUAUCACUAUAGAUUCUGACACCUCCGAUGACUCUGCAAACAGGCAUCGUGGCUCCACCCCCAUUGCUGCUGAAGGCUCCAUUGUCACUAUAGAUUCCGAGACAACCGAUGACUCUGCAAACAAGCAUCGUGGCUCCACCCCCAGCUUUGCAGGUUCCAGUGCCGCCACAGAUUCUGAUCCCACGGAUGACUCUGCAAACUGGCAUCGUGGCUCCACCCCCAGUGCUGCUGAAGGCUCCAUUGUCACUAUAGAUUCUGAGACCUCCAAUGACUCUGCAAACUGGCAUCGUGGCUCUGAUGCCAAUGAGAUCCUGGGCUAUGCUUCUCGGGAGGAAUCCCAGCAAGGUACCAAAUGCAGACAACGCAUCGUUACCACGGAAGAAGGUGACUUUGUCAUUCAGUUUGGAGACUCUGACCCCGAGGACACUGGGCUCAGCCAGGCGGAGGGCUCUGAUGCCAAUGAGAUCCUGGGCUCUGCUCAGGAGGAAUCCCAGGAAGGUUCCAGAUGCAGACAAUGCAUUGUUACCACGGAAGAAGGCGACUUUGUCAUCCAGUUUGGAGACUCUGACCCGGUGGACACUGUGCAAAGCCAGGCUGAGGCCUCUGAUGCGCUGCUGGGUUCCUAUGCUGCAAGCACUGACAGCUACAGUGCUGCUGAAGGCUCCAUUAUCACUAUAGAUUCUGACACCACCGAUGACUCUGCAAACAGGCAUCGUGGCUCCACCCCCAGCUUUGCAGGUUCCAGUGCCGCCACAGAUUCUGAUCCCACGGAUGACUCUGCAAACUGGCAUCGUGGCUCUGAUGCCAAUGAGAUCCUGGGCUCUGCUUCUCGGGAGGAAUCCCAGGAAGGUACCAAAUGCAGACAAUGCAUCGUUACCACAGAAGAAGGCGACUUUGUCAUUCAGUUUGGAGACUCUGACCCGGAGGACACUGGGCUCAGCCAGGCGGAGGGCUCUGAUGCCAAUGAGAUCCUGGGCUCUGUUCGGGAGGAAGCCCAGGAAGGUUCCAGAUGCAGACAAUGCAUUGUUACCACGGAAGAAGGCGACUUUGUCAUCCAGUUUGGAGACUCUGACCCGGUGGACACUGUGCAAAGCCAGGCUGAAGCCUCUGAUGCGCUCCUGGGUUCCUAUGCUGCAAGGAUCGACAGCUACAGUGCUGAUGAAGGCUCCAUUAUCACUAUAGAUUCUGACACCUCCGAUGACUCUGCAAACAGGCAUCGUGGCUCCACCCCCAGCUUUGCAGGUUCCAGUGCCGCCACAGAUUCUGAUCCCACCGAUGACUCUGCAAACUGGCCUCGUGGCUAA